AAUCAACGUAUAUGACACUUAUAUGAAUAUGACAGCUGCGAUAGUUGAACGUUCCCACGGCAACGAGUAAAACAGUCUGGAGGGCUGUCUAUCAGCCGCCUGCAGUGUCUGCCCUCGCAGACUUUACGUGAUGACGGUAUACACGUCACACUACGUUCAGCUGAAAUCCGCGAGGGCUCAGUGCUCGGGUCCAGAGGGUGGACACUUGGAUUCAGCCAUCUUCACACAGCCCCGAAGGCUCCGCACGGUCCGUUCGCUGUGGUUUAGCUCAGUGUAACUCAGCUGCUCGCAGCGGCGGAAGUGACGUAAUUCGUCAAGCUGCUUCCGCUCAUUUUUUCCCCUUUUUUAACGAGACAAUUUGCUGCUGCAGAUUGUUUUUAUUGAUUCAAUUUUGGGAUGACGUAAACGUAUGACUGCGGUUAAACUUUAUGUUCUUUUUGUCAUGUUUUGGAUUUUAUUUGUUCUCGUGAUUAUUGUAUUUUUACUUUUUGUUUAAUUUUUAAACUUCCGUUUUGUAUAGGCCUAUUUUAUAUUUUUUAUAUAACGAUGAUUCUUUUCGAACUUUUAUUUAUCGGUUUAAUUUAUUUUUGUAUGUAUUUUGUAUUCAUCAAAAUUAUAAAUAAAGUUGUUUUGUAGCUCGAUGUGAACAACUGAACGGAAGCGGAACCUUAAUUUCGGACUCGUGUUUCCUCCGGAGGAUUUUAAAGACCGCGAAGGCAGCAGUCAGAAGUCGGGCGUGGUAUUGAUUAUUGGUUUGAUAUUGAUCUGUGAGGAUGCAGAGCGGCUGGUCUUUGCUAGGUCCGCUGCAGUGGAUCCGUUACGUCAACACACAGGUGAAAGUGAAGGCGGGAACAGAUGAAGAGCACCGCGGCUGGCUGCUCACCGUGGACCCGGUGUCCGCCAGUCUGGUCCUGGUGAACUUCAGGGAGGAGGGCAGGGCAUCGGUGCAGGUGGUGAUGGGUCACGCCGUGGAGGAGGUGGAGGUCCUGCAGGAGGCCAAUGAGGAGACCACAGAGCGUCUCUGCGUCUCCUUCCUUCCCUUGAAGACCCCCAGGCUGGACCCGGAGGAGCUGAGGAGGAGGAGGGGGGGUGUCCGGAGGUGGCUGGAGAAGAACUGGAUCCCGGUAGUGGAGGAGGGGGAGGAGCUUAGGGUGGCGGGGGUCCUCACCAUCACGGCCCCCUACGGACCUGAAAACUGCUGCAGCUCCAACCAGAUCAUCCUGGACCGCAUCCAGAAACUGAUCCAGAGUCUGAUCCAGACUGAACCCCGACUGGAGCACAGCAGCAGCUGUGACUGACAGCUGGUCUGAGAUCAGCUGCUGCAGUCCAAUAAGAAUCACUGUGGGUGAAAGCGCUGCCCCUUUGCCUGCUGAUAUCAUCAGUCUGACGAAGAUAAGAAACAAAUUCAACUAUUGAAUCAAUAACUGUUUAAUAUUUAAGCCUGAUCAGAUCUGUGUCAGAUCUUUAUCGAUCAAUCAAUAAAUUAUUGACUCAUUGA